GCUCUCCGUUCCGCGGCCCACAACACGCGGCAUGUUGCAAAAAACACCCAACACGCUACAGGUGCCCUAAUCGCCAGCCACAUGAUAAAUGACAGUGUUUUUUCGACCCGACAGCCGCGCCCGACGAGUUGAGUGGUAGGAAAUAGGCGAUACGAAUAAAUAAACAACUUUUGUUUAUUUUUUUCUUCUUUCAUACUUCAUAGAACAUCUUCGUUUGCGUGUUUUGUUGACCGUUACAUUUCGCGAUGACAAUAAUAAUCCAGUAAACGUGAGAGUACAUUGAAAAUGUUCAUAGAAAUAAAAUUGUGAUAAAAUAGUGCUUAUGAGUGAUAACAUAGGAUUCAAGUGAUGGUUUAAGUGAUGUGAUAAGGAACGUUUGGGCGAUGGUGCGGUAUUUGGUGACGUCAUGGCUCGCUAUACUGCUCCUGUCCUGCAGUUUAAGACUAGGAAACGGUCAGGCGACGGACGUGGAUGUCCGGUUGGUGGCUCCAGCGUGGGUGGCUAGGGGCGGUUCAGCCACAUUACGGUGCCUGCAUCAGGUCCCACCACAAUUACUCUACAAAGUGGAGUUUUUGAGGACUGGGACGAAGCUUCUGCAGUAUGUCAGGGAAAGGGUACCACCUUUCACCAGCUAUACCUUUCCUGGCGGUAGAGUUAAUAUGACACUAUCAACAGAAAACUCAAUAACAAUCGACAACUUGGAUCCAUCAGCAUCAGGACUGUACUGGUGUGAAGUAUCGUUAGAGACGCCCAUCUUCACAGCUGCGUCGAAUCCAAGGCAACUGACUGUCGUAUAUUCCCAAAAACACCCACCAAUCAUAACGUUCGGUAAGCCGGACGUGGUGGUGGGAGGUUUACUGCGCGCCAACUGCACAAGCGCGCCCGCUGCGCCUGCACCGCGACUCACAUGGUACAUCGACAAUGAAAAGGUUGAUGAAGAAUCAGUGAAAUAUUUCUCGUACCGAGUGUCAAGUUCUACUCGUACGAAGGGGGGAGGGGGAUACCGUCACAGAAAGCAUCAGCAUCGACUGAUAGCACCGGAAUUUAAUUACACAGCUAAAUACUGGGCACUGGUCAGUGAGACCACAGUAGCUCCCACUGUGAAUACUUCAAAACAUCACAAGUGCACUUUGAAAGACCAACAGAGUGAAGAAAUGGCUAAGAUUCAAGAAAGGCCACGAGUUCCGCCAGCAGUGCCCAUAUCUCUAUGGGUAUCUAUAGCUGAGCUGAAAGCCCCAGCACACGGCAGACUACAACUCACUUGCACCGCUACCAUUCCUGAUGAAGUAGGUCCAGGGGAAAAAUUUGCAGAUAUUAAGAAACAAACUGUUACAGUGGCAGUGAACGAACUAAGUUUGAAGAAGCCACAUUCAGAGACAAGCCAAGCAAACGCCACCUCAAGUUGCCUACAAAGCUACCCAUUAUGGAUUCUCGGCUGCGGUAUUAUAUUCCGCGAAUUUACACUCCAAUUAAAUUGAAUGACGCUAUGAAUCUCGCCUAUCCCUGAUCAAAUAUUUUAUCUGCGAAGCGGCUUUUAGACUGUAGUUUCAAUAUUUCUUAGAUACCCUUUAUUUAUGUAUACUAUACAAUUUUGUGUACCUUUAAGCUUCCUCGUCUCACUUUCAAGGAAUAAGGUUGUCCUAUAUCAUUUGUU